AUGGAGGUAAAACUGGCACUCGGUCGCCCCCAUCCUGACUCCGGCCGUCGCCGCCGCCACUAGGGGAAGGAGGGCCAUGAUAUAAAGGAACCAGAACAGUUGAGGAAGCUGUUUAUUGGUGGUCUGAGCUUUGAAACCACAGAUGAUCGCUUAAGAGAACAUUUUGAGAAAUGGGACACACUUACAGACUGUGUGGUAAUGAGAGAUCCCCAAACAAAAUGUUCCAGGGGCUCUGGUUUUGUGACCUACUCUUGUGUUGAAGAGGUGGAUGCUGCAAUGUGUGCUCGGCCACACAAGGUUGAUGGGCGUGUGGUGGAGCCAAGGAGAGCUGUUUCUAGAGAGGAUUCUGUAAAGCCCGGUGCCCAUUUAACCAUGAAGAAUAUUUUUGUUGGUGGUAUUAAAGAAGAUACAGAAGAAUAUAAUCUGAGAGACUACUUUGAAAAGUAUGGCAAAAUCGAAAUCACAGAAGUUAUGGAAGACAGGCUGACACAGAGUGGAAAAAAGAGAGGAUUUGCUUUUGUAUCUUUUGGUGAUCAUGACACAGUUGAUAAAAUUGUUGUUCAGAAAUACCACACUAUUAAUGGACAUAAUUAUGACGUGAAAAAGGCCCUUUCUAAACAAGAGAUGCAAUCUGCUGGAUCACAGAGAGGUUGUGGAGGUGGAUCUGGCAACUUUAUGGGUCGUGGAGGAAACUUUGGAGGUGGUGGAGGUAAUUUUGGCCGUGGUGGAAACUUUGGUGGAAGCGGAGGCUAUGGUGGUGGAGGUGGUGGCAGCAGAGGUAGUUAUGGAGGUGGUGAUGGUGGAUAUAAUGGAUUUGGAGGUGAUGGUAACUAUGGUGGUGGUGGGAACUAUAAUGACUUUGAAAAUUAUAGUGGACAACAGCAAUCAAAUUAUGGGCCCAUGAAAAGGGGCAGUUUUGGUGGAAGAAGCUCAGGCAGUCCCUAUGGUGGUGGCGAUGGAUCUGGUGGUGGAAGUGGUGGGUAUGGUAGCAGAAGGUUUAAAAAAAAAAGCAGAAAAGGGCUACAGUUCUUAGCAGGAGAGAGAGCGAGGAGUAGUCAGGAAAGCUGCAGGUUACUUUGAGACAGUUGUCCUAAAUGCAUUAGAGGAACUGUAAAAAUCUGUCACAGAAGGAGCGAUGAUCCAUAGUCAGAAAAGUUACUGCAGCUUAAACAGGAAACCCUUCUUGUUCAGGACUGUCAUAGCCACA